AUGCCGGACCCCGCGGACGCCGCGUGCGAUGACCCCGCGUGCGGGCGCCGCGGGGAGAUGUUCGCGUCGAUGCGACGCGCGCUCGGCGCGGCGCACACGGCGUCGUGUCCACCGGACGUGGAUGAAUUAGGACGGGCGACGUGGACGCUCGUGCACGCCGUCGCGGCGCGGUAUCCGGACGCGCCGACGGCGACGCAAAAGAUCCAGGCGCGACGAUUCUUCGAUGCGCUGGGAGAUUUGUAUCCGUGCGAGCGGUGUCGGGUCGAUUUUCGCGCGGAUAUCGACGCGCACCCGCCCGCGCUCGCGUCUCGCGCGGCGCUCUCGCGGUGGGCGUGCGAGCGACACAACGAGGUGAAUCGAAAGUUAGGAAAGCCCGAGAUGUCGUGCGCGCUGAAAGAUCUGGACGAGCGAUGGCGAAAAGCGACGACGCACGCGCGCGCGUGCGCGUUCGACGCGCCGAGGGAUUGA